AGAGUAAAAUUGAAGGAGACCUCUCUUCCUCACCGAUUUGGUUGAAACUUAGUAAUAUUAUCUAAUUAGAUGUGUAGAAAAGGAAUAUGAAAGUAAAAAAUGUCGCUCGUUAAUCGUAAUGAUCGAUGAUGAUGAUGGUAAAGUUAUAAUGCGGUAAAAGAUGACAUAAAGUUUUGAGGUUAUACAAUCUGUUAUGUCGACAGCGUAUAUGUGCAUACUUUCAUAUUCCUUUUCUACGCAUCUAAUUACAUAAUUUUUGGCGAUUGUUUGGUACAUGUACCAGGUUGUUAUUGGGCAAGUUUACAUCAAACAUUUUAUAUAUGUAUUAAAUAUUCAUACAACACAAAUAUCCAAAAUAUCUUCCAGAGAUAUCCAGAUAUCUCUGCGACGUCUCUAGAAUUGUAUUUUGGACAUUUAUAUUGUACAGAUACUUAGUACAUAUAUUAAAUGUUUGGUGUAAAUUAGGUCAAUGACAACCAGAUAUAUGUACCAAACGAUUGUCAAAAAUCGCCUAAUAUUACAAAGUUUCAACCAAAUCAGUUAGAAGAAAGGGUCUCCUUCAGUUUUACCAUAUAUUUGAACAUACAUGGAUAACACAGCAUUAUUGAAACAUUAGCAUUCAAACAUUUGCAAACGAUGAACUGGGGGUCCAGGGGACGAAGCCCCUGGUCAGGGAUUCGGGGGGGACUUCGUCCAACUCGAUUUAUAAUAAUUAAAAAACAUCAUGACAAUGAACAAGUUCAGAUAUAAGUCACGUACAACGCCAAAACACUUGGAUCCAAAAUAUUUGAUGUUCUCAGUAUUUACAGCUAAUGAUGUAAGAAAUUUAAGUGUAACAAAAAUUAGAACACCACUGUCUUUCAACAUCCUUGGGCAUCCUCUAAAGGGUGGAUUGUAUGAUCCAUCUUUAGGUCCUCUAAUGGAUAAUUCGGAACCAUGUCACACAUGUGGUGGUAAUCUCUACAAUUGUCCAGGUCAUUUUGGACACAUAGAACUGCCAAUGCCAGUUGUCAAUCCAUUAUUUCACAAAGGGUUGUGCAUGUUAAUCAAAUUAUCAUGUUUGUCGUGUUUUACUUUUCAAAUACCACCAUAUGUUAAAUUACUAUUAUCCACCAAAUUGAAACUACUCUAUCAAGGGAAACUAAGUGAUAUUGAUAGUUUAGAUCAAGAAGUAACAUCAGUGGUAACUGAAUUGCCUAAUGUUUUAGAGGCACAAACAGAAUACAUUCGUGAUUUCAUUUACAAUUACAUGCAAAAUUUCCAUAAUAUGAAUAGAUUCGAUUCUGAUAUGCCGCAGAAUCAUGAGAAUCAAAUGAAUACAAAGAACAUCAAUAUGCAAUGGCACAUAUAUGUUGAAAAUGUACUUAAACAACAUACUGCUGGAAAAAUAUGCAUUAAUUGUCACGAGGUUAUACCGAAGAUUUCAGUGAUGCAAAAUAAAAUAAUGACAACUAAAUUAAACACUAUCACUCCUAAGGAAAUGUUGGCUAGUGCAGUAGUGCAUAAAUUGCAGACAGUAAUGGUGAUGCCAGAUCAGUCUAAGGAAUACUUGCGCCAAUUGUGGAAUAACGAAAAAGAUUUUCUCAAAUUAAUUAUGCCCUGUUUAAACUUAAUAGACAUUGAGUAUCCCACCGAUGUAUUCUUCUUGGAAGUGAUACCUGUAUUACCGCCUAUCGUACGACCGGUAAACAUGCUUCAUGGUCAAAUAAUUGAACAUCCACAAACCCAGGUGUAUAAGAACAUCAUGCAAGAUUGUCUCAUCUUAAGGAAUAUUAUACAAACGAUUCAAGAUGGCAAUACUGAUCAACUACCUCAAGAGGGUCGAUUAGUCUUCGAACAGAUAAGAGGGCUUACAGCGGUCGAGAAAUUGCAUAACGCUUGGCAAAGUUUACAGGUCAACGUGAAUCAUCUGAUGGAUCGUGAUAUGAAUAAGACUUCGGAAUCCAUUCACUGUCAUGGCUUGAAGCAAAUUAUCGAGAAGAAAGAAGGUAUCAUAAGGAUGCAUAUGAUGGGAAAGAGGGUGAAUUUUGCCGCACGUUCAGUCAUCACUCCAGAUCCUAAUUUGAAUAUUGAUGAAAUCGGCGUUCCUGAAGCUUUUGCCCUCAAGCUAACGUAUCCAGUGCCAGUGACACCGUGGAAUGUCGUCGAAUUGCGAAAAUUAGUCUUGAACGGACCUGACAUUCACCCUGGAGCAGUUAUGGUAGAAAACGAAGAUGGACUGAUUCAGGCCAUUAGCAGUGAUGAUUCUACGAAGAGAGAAGCUAUUGCAAAACGUCUUUUAACGGCCAAUAGUAGAACUAAUAAAUUCUUCAGCGGCAUCAAAGUAAUACAUCGCCACUUACAAAAUGGUGAUGUGUUACUGUUGAACAGGCAACCGACACUACAUAAGCCCAGUAUAAUGAGUCACAAAGCGCGUAUUCUCAAAGGAGAGAAAACCUUGCGUCUUCAUUAUGCUAAUUGUAAAGCAUAUAAUGCGGACUUUGAUGGUGACGAGAUGAACGCUCAUUUCCCGCAGAAUGAAUUGGCUAGAAGCGAAGGCUAUAAUAUAGCUAGUGUGUCGAAUCAAUAUCUUGUGCCAAAAGAUGGAACGCCAUUAAGCGGUUUGAUACAGGAUCAUGUAGUAUCCGGAGUCCGAUUAACGACCAAAGGUAGAUUUUUUUCGAAAGCAGAUUAUACAUAUUUGAUUUACACAGCGUUGUCGAUGAAACGAGACAAUAUCAUUCUUUUGCCGCCUGCUAUUAUUAAACCGAAAUCGCAAUGGUCGGGUAAACAAAUUCUGUCGACUGUCAUUAUCAAUAUUAUUCCCGCUGGUAAGGUGCGAAUUAAUUUAACUUCCAAGACAAAGAUCAGUUUGAAAGAGUGGCAGGUGAACGAACCACGACGUUGGAAGUACGGGAAUGAAUUUGAAGAUCCGAAAACUAUGUCGGAAGUGGAAGUUAUAAUUCGACAUGGCGAACUGUUGUGCGGCGUACUAGAUAAAACACAUUACGGCGCAACUCCGUACGGUCUUAUUCAUUGUAUUUACGAGUUAUAUGGUAGUAUGUAUGCGAGUAAAAUGCUAAGCGCUUUUGGAAAACUCUUCCAAGCAUUUCUACAAUGGGAUGGAUUCACACUUGGCAUCGAGGACAUUCUGAUAACCCGCGAGGCCGACGAAAAACGCAAAGAGAUAGUCUUUAACAAUAAAAUGAUUGGGGAUGAUAUACAGAAAUCUGUCGUAGAGAUAUCUGACGAUAUACCUAUGGGCGAAAUCAGAGAUAAAAUAGAAAAGUUUUAUUGGAAUAACUUGAAGUUUCGCGCGCAAGUUGAUCGUAAAUACAAAAACGUAUUGGACAUCUACACCAAUGACAUUAAUAAAAUAUGUCUACCAGCAGGACUCUUGAAAAAAUUCCCAAAUAAUAAUUUACAGCUUAUGGUGCAAUCCGGUGCAAAAGGUUCGACGGUGAAUACCAUGCAGAUAUCGUGUUUGUUAGGGCAAAUAGAAUUGGAAGGUAAAAGGCCACCAUUUAUGAUUAGCGGAAAGAGUUUACCGAGUUUCCAGACGUACGAUUCAACACCCAGAGCUGGUGGUUUCAUUGUCGGCAGAUUCAUGACCGGUAUCAAAUCCCAGGAAUUCUUCUUUCAUUGUAUGGCAGGUCGCGAGGGUCUUAUCGAUACUGCCGUAAAAACAAGCAGAUCCGGUUAUUUGCAAAGAUGCCUCAUAAAACACUUGGAGGGUCUAAUUGUUAAUUAUGACUCAACGGUUAGGGACUUUGACGGCAGUCUGAUUCAGUUUUACUACGGCGAAGACGGCCUCGAUAUACCUGGUUCACGUUUCUUGAAAAAGGAGCAAAUGCCGUUCUUGGUCGACAAUAAGGAUGCUAUCGUGGAUACGGAAAUACUAGAGAAUCUUAAAACGGGUUCGAAUAAUAAUGAGAAGAUCGCGAAGUUGAUAAAAAAAAUUAAAAAAUGGGAGGUUAAAAACGGUCCUCCAUUGCAAAAAAGAAGAAUUAGUGAAUUUACUAAAUUUUCUAUGGAGAAUAUUAGUCAGAACAACAAUGUAAAGAGAAACAGUGUUGAGAAGAAUUGUGGAAGAAGUAAGACUACGCUAUCGCUUAUAAAAAAAUGGCUGAAAGUGGAUAAUGAGGUGAAGAAAAUAUUUCGCACGCAAUGCGUCAGAUGUCCCGAUCCAGUAAUGUCUAAGUAUAGACAAGAUGUUGAAUUUGGUAUAUUAUCAGAACGAUUGGAAAAUUUACUGGAAGAAUAUUUAUCUCAUUCGUCGAAUAUUACCAAAAAAAGCUUGAGAAACCUGUUAUCCGUGAAAGUUAUGCGAUCUAUCUGUCCACCCGGUGAACCAGUUGGUUUGUUAGCGGCGCAAUCUAUUGGUGAGCCGUCCACUCAGAUGACUCUGAAUACAUUCCACUUUGCAGGACGUGGUGACAUGAAUGUAACUUUAGGUAUUCCUCGAUUACGGGAGAUUCUGAUGAUGGCAUCCAAGAAUAUCAAAACUCCUAGUAUGGAGAUACCUUUCAAAAAAGAUCUACAAAAUCUUACGAAGCAAUCCAAGAAGUUGCGCGUAAAAUUAACAAAAUGCGUUUUGAGCGACGUAUUGAAGACGAUUGCGAUAAACAGGAAAAUGGAAGAGGUCCCGUACAGAAGAUUAGCGCAUACUAUAAAGAUAGAGUUUCUCCCUCACAAGUAUUAUAAAGGAGAGUUUUCUGUUCACCCACAGCACGUGAUUAAGCAAACCGAAGAGACUUUCUUCAAGAAUGUAUUUAAAGAAAUUAGAAAAGUAGCCAAAGUAACUGGCACUUUAUUACACUUCGAAGAAAAUGAUAGAAGACGGGCAAACGAUGAGAAUGUGGCGUUAGAUCAAGCUGACCCUGAUGAAGAAGAAGAGAUGGCAAGAAAAAAAAGAGAAGGAACGCGAAGAGAUUUGGGAGAGAUGCAUGAAUCUUCCGAUGAGGAGAGAGCUGCGGAAGACGCUGAUGCUACAAUGAGUAGAUCAAUAUCGCGUCAUCGAGAGAACCAGGAAUACGAGGAUCCCGAAGAAGAGGAAAUAGAAGGUGUUGUAAAUGAUAAGGACGAAGAUGCAGGCGAUAAUAAUGCAAAUGAAGCUUUAGAAAAUAAUGAAUAUGAUGAAGACGAUGACGAUGACAUGACAGAAAAGUUAAAUUACAAAAAAAAUGACAUACGUAAUACUAACAGAAGAAAUAAAGUAAUACAUAUGUAUAAAAAUGCUUUGGAUUAUGAUUACGAUGAGAAUAAAUCCUCAUGGUGCAAAUUUACAUUUUGGUUACCGCUUAAGAUGAUAAAAUUAGAUCUACCAACGAUAAUUAGAAAUGUUGCGAACAAGACUAUUUUAUGGGAAACUCCAUAUAUCAAGAAAGCCUUUACUUUCCAAAAUAACGAAGGAGAGACAAUUCUCAAAACAGAUGGUUUGAAUAUAGUGGAAAUGUUUAAAUAUGACAAUAUCCUUAAUUUAAAUAAAUUGUACUCCAACGACAUCUAUAAUAUCUCUCAAACAUAUGGAAUCGAAGCUGCAAAUAGAGUCAUUAUAAGAGAAGUAAGAGAUGUCUUCAAAAUGUAUGGUAUCACUGUUGAUUCUAGACAUCUAUCAUUAAUAGCAGACUACAUGACGUUUGAUGGCACAUUUCAACCACUUAGUCGUAAAGGAAUGGAAAAUUCUGCCUCGCCAUUACAGCAAAUGAGCUUCGAAAGUUCUUUGAAUUUUUUAAGAAAUGCGACAUUACAGGGAAAAAAGGACGAUUUAUUAUCGCCUUCGAGUAGACUCAUGUUGGGACAACCUUGCAAAUCUGGUACCGGAACCUGUUCUCUGUUGGUCAAUAUAUAGAAAUCAUUAGUUCUAUAUCGUUAUUACAUCCGUACAUAAUUACACAUUUCUGACAUUUUAUAUUACACAUAAUAUCAUAUGUAUAUAAAUAUACAUGUGCGUGCGUAUGUAGUUAUAUAUAUUAAAUAUAUAUAAACACAAAACUAUGAAUAAAAACUUUUAUUUUUA